ACAAUAGUUACGCAAGAGGGGAUCACCCUACGCAGCUUCGAGCGACGCGCGGACCCGACUCAGCCUCUGGAUCCAGUGAGACCCCGGGCAUCGCCUCCGACAUUAUACUCACACAAAUAACCUAAAAACUACGAUGAUUCUCCAUCAAGUGUAUAAGCGCCCUAAUUUAAAAAUAAAACUUUUCGAAAAAGGAACACUGUAGGUGGCCAGUGCGUGUUCGAAAUUUGAGUGACUUGUGAGACGUUUUUUGUGGAACGUUUGCUUUUGGAGUUAUUUGUUAUCUGUGAUUUCAGUUUGAGUGUUUUUAAUUGAGACUUGAACGCAAUUAUGGAAGCGGAGCGGCGUUAAACAACCAACGAUGAAGUGAGAAGCAAAAUGACGAACGUCAAACUAAAACUAAUGUUCUUCCUUCUAAACGCACUACUAACAGCAGACAUAGUACACGCUAGACCAUAUUCUGACAACACCACAGAUGUCUACAUAAAUAAUAACGAUACUUUUAUUUUACCUGUAGAACCUAAUUCAGAUACACUAAUAGUAGCUACCGAUAAUGAUGGCCAUGCAGAUCAAACAGUUGAAGAAACAAAUAGAAAUUCAAACACUGAUAUGGAAGAAAUUGUUAACGCUGAGCAAGAUAGAGACGAAGCGUUAUCUAAGAAAAAUAUGAAAGAAAAGGAUCCCGUGCUAGAAAUUAAGAAAGAUGAUGCUCCAGGGUUUGAAAAACAGCUAAACAUAUCAAGUUCUUUGAUGGAAGAUAUAAUAGACUCUGAGACUGAUAGAGACGAAACGCUAACAGAUAUACUUUUCAGACCAGCGUCAGAGCUAGUGGAAGACAUGCCAAGAUUUGAGUUCCUAAUUUCAACCAAGUUAAAUGAAACUGAUGUUUAUAACCGGAGCGUUAAGGAUGGUUUAAGUGAUAACAGUUUAGAAGGAAGGAAUAGAAGUAGAAAGUUUGACUACGUGGAACUGGUGGAGGUGUUAAGGCCGAAGGGAGACAACAAGAGUGCAUACUUUGUGAAUAUAACGGGACAUGAGGUCGACAACGAUUUGGCGCCCGAUACAAUCCUGUCCGUGUUCUCAGGGUUCACGGACCUGCAGACCCUGUUCCUGGCCUGCUUCGCCACGCUGCUGCCGCUGCUGCUGGUGCUCUUCGCCACGCUUUUCAUCAGAUGCAUGUGCCGCCGCUACUGCAAGAAGCCCACCGACACGUCGGACUCCGAAAGCAGCGACAACAAAGACACCACCAGCCAUCAACAGCUCAAGUCACCAAGCGAGGACACGAGGGACGGAGUACCCGUGGACAGCACCCCGGCCAACGGCUCCAUCAUCACCAUGACCUUGAAGAACAACCAUCUCAUUGUUGAGACUGAGGAGAGAAAUGAUAUAACCAAAAACGGGCGCGAGACGAAAAUGAAGUACUCUCCCGACAACGACGGAAUCUUCGUCGUCGAGGUCCAACAGUCCACGGCAUAUCGUCCCAACAACAAGUCGUUGCAGAACUCUCCUCCUCACGACCCUCAGAUCUCCACCAAUCAGGCGCUCAUCCAUCGAGUGCCAGAAGAACCUGAAUUAAAGACAAUCGAAGAAGAUAACAUCAGUGGAAAAUUAAGAGAAAAGGCCCUCGCCUUAUCAAGUACCGGACUCUCAAUAUCCGAUCUAAGCAUGUCUUCUAUUGGCUCCCACAACGUCAGCUACUCAUAUGGAAGUCAGAUUGGCUACGAACAAGGCCCUUUCGGGUACCCAAUAUACGCUGGCUACGAUAUACCUAAAGAAGAUAUAGGAGAUGGAAUUAUCCAUGACAGCUCAAGAGAACCUCUCAUCACAAAAACCCCUACAGACCCAGACAAGCCUGUAGUCACAGCAGCUAUAUUCAAACAGGAUUCAAUUAUUGGCAACGAUGCGCUGCAAGGUCCUGGAUAUUGCAUCGAAGGCUCUACUGACGGACCUUUGCUCUCCGACGUCCAAGCCAGGGAAGUCAGCUUGCAACAUAUACAUGAUCAAAUGGAGAAAAAAUUAGAAAACGGUACGGCAGUUAUCGUCUCAGAAAUAAUUGAGAGCCCAAAAAAGACUUUCAACAGAGCCGAUAGUCUGCCCGUGCGGUUAGAAGAAGAAAAAGUUCCAGAUGUGAUAGAGAAGAAUGUGGCGAUGGAGACUAUUAAAGAAGACGACGCACCCUCGAAAGAUGCGUUAAAAGGCAAACGAGCUUCACUUCCUAUUAUAAGAACAGAGAUGUACGAGUCUGUUAAAGAUGCAAUAAGACCCUCAGGUUCUCCUAAAUUUGAGAAAUUUUCCAACGACAUCUCACCGGGAGACGCUGAUCUCCCACCACCGAUGAUUACCAUAACGGAGGAAGAAUGUGGCAAGUCUGAAAAUGGUAGUUAAUUAAGUUUUGAAUAAAUUUUAUCUAUGUAAAUAGAUGUAAGUUAAAUUGUGAUUAGGAUGGUGAAGGAAAGAUUUCAAUGAGUGAUUACGAAAGUAUAUUAGGAACGAGUACUGUAAUUGAAAACACGUUGCCUAGUGUAGCAUCUAGGUAGACUUCGUAUUCUGAUUUUGUUUUCUUUUCUAUAGAUAAUCAAAAAUUACUUUGUCAAUUUCAUCAAGAAAACAGUUUUUGGAUACUCAAGGGUUUUCAGGGACUAAGUUGUAAAUAUUUGACACUGAAAUACUGGACAAAAGAAUCUCAACUCACAGUAUCAAAACAGAGUUGAAGAUUUGCUUUAUUAUAGGCAACAAAAAUGAGAUAAAAAAUAUACCUAGUUAAUACGUUUUUCUCAAGAAAUUCUGAGAGUUAAAAUAUGAAAAUUCUUUAAGUACAUUCCAAAAAUAAACUGGAGCAUUGUGUAUGAAUUAGUCGGAGACAAAUUAGUACCCCAUUUUGUAGAUAUUGAAUGUAAACUAGGUUAUUAUCAAAGUAUUUAAAGUUAUAAUAGUAGGUAGCGAUCUGAUUGCGACGUUGAUUUGUGAUCCCGUUUUUGUUUAGUAGGCAGUUUAUGAUGACCUAAUAACUGGUCGUCUGCUGGCCUUAUGUUUUUGCAUUGUGGUUAACAAGUCGUCAGUCAACAGUAUGUACUGAUGUGCCGUCAGAAACUUUAUGAAAUUGUGAAGUUGUCCCAUGGUAUAAUUUCAGGAAUUUCUCAAAUGUUUGUAUGGGAAUCGAAAUUUUCCAUUUCCAAAAUGAAAGUUUACUUUGUAUCCGGUGAAAUUUUCGAACUUUUUGAUAACUUUUAGCAACUUGCACAUCUGUAGUCAACAGACUUUUGUGAUGAAGCCACUGUUUAUAUAGUAAUCAACAAAAUAAUUAAUACUCUUUUGCUGCUCUAAUGUACCACAAAUGCAUUUCAAUGUAAGUAAAAAAACGUGUGAUGAAUUAGCAGUGAAGUGACAUUCCCAAAUAUAUUUUUUAGCUCAAAUGCCAUUAAUCACUUCAUAGUUAUUGUAGUUAGACUAUUAUAAAUAACUUUAGUUUCAUCAUUGUUCAAAUUCUAAACUAGUUCCUGGCUCGCGUCCUUUACCUUUUUGUCUAGUUCUAGAUGCCUAAUGUAUGUAAAUGAAUAAGUGAAAGAUAUGUUGUUUUCUAGAUUACUGGUUACUUCAAAUUUGUUCUUAGGUAUUACAUUUUUACCUGUAAAACUCAUUGUAGGUUUCAUGUUUUCAUUAAGAACUUCUUUGUCAGUUACCAGAUUUCUAAUAUAUGUCAAGACAUAGUUCCUAUGUAACUUUUCGAUGUUUUUCUCUUUUGAUAAUUACUCUCUCUCUCAGUUGCUACACUUUUCAUUACCGGUUUUAAACUUAGGCUCCUCUACGUUCAAACUUUAGCUGUCUAAAAUAGUAGACAUUUUAUAGCAAUAUUCUUUAAAUUCAAAAUCUGUUUUUGGGAUAUUACCUUUAUGGAAAUCUGGUACCUUAAGAGAAUCCUAUACCUUAAUGCAUCUUUCAUUCAUAAAUAUGUAUUUAUAUUAUUUAAAACCAUCUCCAUUUACCUACUUUAACCGACAUAACUAAAAUUAGCCUUAAAUAUAACAUUUGUUAUUAAAUAAGUAAAUAUAAUGGAGGAAUUGAAUUUUUAUCUAUAAAAGGUAAAAAUUAAUUUAAAUGAAAUGUUAUGAAUUUGCUAUUUUUAAUAAGUUUUUAUUAGGCAAAUGCAUGUUUAAAUAUUCAAAGAUAUUUAUGAUUAUUAAAAGGUCCUCAAUGUUUAACUUUAUACAAGCAUAAUUAUUCAGAGUAAGACCAAGAUAAGUCUGCAACGAUUUUGAUAGGACACGCAGUGUGCAGUUAUUUUAAACGUCAAACUUCUAUGAAAUUAUGACGUAUACAUAUAACAUUUGCACUGGGUGUGCUAUCAAAAUCUUUGCAGACUUCAUCUCAGCCAUAACACGUCCACUGCUUAGGCCUCCCCCUUGGACCUCCAUACGUGCCGGUUGGAAGCGACCCGCAUCCAGCGUCUUCCGGCGACCUUAACAAGAUCGUCUGUCCAUCUUGUGGGUGGACGUCCUACGCUGCGCUUGCUAGUCCGUGGUCUCCACUCGAGCACUUUUCGACCCCAUCGGCCAUCUUCUCUGCGUGCAAUGUGGCCUGCCCAUUGCCACUUCAGCUUGCUAAUCCGGUGGGCUAUGUCGGUGACUUUAGUUCGUCUACGGAUCUCCUCAUUUCUGAUUCGAUCACGUAGAGAAACUCCGAGCAUAGCCCUCUCCAUAGUUCGUUGAGCGACUUUGAGUGUUGAGAUGAGGCCGAUAGUGAAAGACCACGUUUCGGAGCCGUAAGUCAUCACUGGUAACACACAUUGAUUAAAGACUUUCGUCUUGAGGCACUGAGGUAUGUCGGACGAAAAGACAUUACGUAGUUUCCCGAACGCUGCCCAACCGAGUUGGAUUCGGCGGUUGACCUCUUUCUCGAAGUUGGACCUACCUAAUUGGACUACUUGUCCUAGGUAGAUGUACGAGUCAACAACUUCGAGUACCGAGUUCCCAGUUUUGAGUUUGCAGGCUUGUCUUGGUCUAACUCUAACUGAUUUUGCUUGUCUUUCGGCAUCGUUAAGGAUCUUUUUAGUAAAAUAUUGCAGUAGCAUAUAUAAUAAUGUAGAUAUAUUAUAUGUCUCUUCGGUUUUAGGUUUAGAGCCGUCCGCAAGAAUCGAACAUUUUAUGUGCCAAAGCAAAAUUUAUAUACUUUAUUCGGUAUAAAAUAUGAAUUUAUCUAUGUAGUAUUGUUUGAGUAUGAAUCUCAUAGGUAGUUUUAACGAUCGUAUUAGGUAUUUUCUUUGCAUAACUAAUGUAAUACCUAUUUUUGUUUAUAGUUACUUUUAUAAAUAAAUUUGAAGUAAUUUGCAAAAUAAA